AUAAACAGUAUACAACCAUGAAAUAUUUGUAUACUUUUCUGCUGUUAUUACUAUGCGCUGUUGGUACAGGUUACGGUUUACAGAUUGAAGCAACGCCAACUACAAUGCUUAUUGGACUAACAACAACUUUGGAGGUGAAAUGUCACACUUUUAUCAACAGCAGCACCCAGAUGGAGAGCCUGAUUUCCCUGAUCAUAACUAGGUCAGGCCACGGCCCUAGUAAAGAGCUGGCGUCCAUUAACGUUUUUAGUCCAGGCAGUCACGUGGUUGACGUAUCCAAUGAAACGCUGACAGGUUCCGGUAAUAUCGACAACCUGGGAGAAUCUUACCUGCGUCUGGUGUGGAGAUUUCCAGACGUCAACAAGCGCGGUCUUUACGCUUGUGAGGCUCACGGUGUGAGCCACACUGGACAUCCGGUGACCCUGACCUCAACUAUUUCAGUUAACUCUUCUAUCCCUACAACGGGUCAACUGGUCAAUGAAAUUCAGAACCUUACGCUAGAGAUCGAUACGUUGAAAACAAACCUGGAUUUAAUACAGACGGACAUGUUCAGUAUAUCUCCGCCGUUUAACGGACAUCAUUACUUACUGUCAAACAGGCUUUACACAUUCAAAGUAGAAUCAGCUGAAGCUAUGUGUGAGUUGUUUGGUGGUUACCUGGUCGAGAUCGACUCUAGAGACGAGCAUCAAUUUUUGAUAAAUUUUUUGACAAACGAAAAAAACAAGUUGAAUUUCAGUAUUGCAAUGACCGGGUUAUCAGAUGAGCUACAGGAGAAAGUUUGGGUAAAUCGACACAGCAAGACCGUGGCAAAUUACACACAUUGGUAUUCGAGUGAACCGAACGGUGGGCGAAGUCAAAAUUGUGUUGUAUUAUAUUCCCCAACAUGGCUAAUGGUUGAUGAUCCGUGUUCUCAUACCAUGAGCGAUUUUUCUUUUAAGCUGACUUAUCUUUGCGAGGUGCCAGACCAAAAGCCAGUUUAAUAAACAAUACAAACAACUUUACUGAUAAAAAAAAUCAAACCAUAAAAUCUUUGUAACUAAUUGUGUCGUGCUUAUAUUCGUUAUAAUUAUUCAAUUUCUUAAAUUUCGGUUAGAAAAAUAAUAAUUUUAACGAAUGCUUCAGUCAUAAAUCUAGAAACAUUUCAAAAUCCUUAACUAAUACACUGCAUUUGUUUCUUAAAGGGCGAUUUUAACUUUUUUUCUCUUUUAAGGAGUUGUGAGUUAAAAGUGUUCAAGUACAAUUUUGAAAAUUAAAAUUGCAAAUGGAAAUUAGCUUACUUUGAUAAAUAAAG